UUAUAAAAUAAAAUUUAUUAUUCGAGAUUGUAUUUCGACAAUGGAAGAGCACGGAAUCGUUCCAGACGUUAUUUCAAUAGCUCCGAAAGAAACAGUAAAAGUAACUUUUGCGAGGGGCAUUACAGUUGAUCAUGGCAAUGAAUUGAAACCGAUUCAAGUUAGGGAUAUUCCCGAGGUGACAUGGAACGCUGACGCUGAGACAUUCUACACGUUGUGUCUGAUUGAUCCAGAUGCACCGGGUCGAGAACAUGCGAUAUAUCGUUGCUGGCAACAUUGGUUGGUAGUUAACAUACCCGGAACGAAAGUGGUAGAAGGUGACACUCUGUCCGAAUAUAUUGGAUCUGGCCCUGGACGGGAUACGGGAUUGCAUCGUUAUGUCUUUUUGGUUUACCGGCAAAAUGGAAGAAUUGAUUUUGACGAAAAGAGGUCGAGUAAAUCAUGCAGUCGGGAGGAACGAAGAUCGUUUCGAACCAAUGAAUUUGCGGAAAAAUAUCAACUAGGAAAUCCUGUUGCUGGAAACUUCUAUCUUACUCAGUGGCAUGAUGACUAACAGCGGCGACACCAGAAAGAUGAUAUCGUUUCGCGAGCUGCCGUUAUCAUUUCUCUAGACGAAAAACAAUUUAGAAAAAGUCUUUUUGUUAUUUCGAAUCCAUUUCCGAAUUAAAAAUCAACUUUAACGUAAACUAAUCGAAUUUUUGGCUUUAAUUUUCCGAACAUACUGUAAGACUAACUGGAGCUAGCAAAUAAAUUAAUUCAUCGAACGUUUCGGUAGAAAAUACUCGUUCCCUAACACCUCCUGCAAGAACGAGUAAUUCUGCCGGAUUGGUUGCGUCUGUAAUUCCAACGGAAAACAUUCGAAUAGCUCGUGCACUGGCUCUCUGGGCAGCUGCAAUCGUCAAAGCCUCAUCGUUGGACAUACCGUCGGUCAAAACUACCAUAUUUAAUGGAACAUCCCGAGGCGAUGAUUCGAAUUGUGCAAUUGCUAAGUCGAUGCCUAGCCAAGUAGCGGUCCCACUGCCCAAAUAUGGUGUGUCGAGAAUAGUUCUGCUGAUGAAUUCACGCGAAUAUGAAUUGGUCAAAUGGAUUUGUAAUUGAGCGGCGUCACU